UGAAGAAUUCUCGGAUGAAUGCGGUUCUCCUGCGAGGUUAAUGUAAAGUUACCCAAAUUACUCUUUCAACGUUCAUCUCAUCUGGCUGUUCCUGCAAUAAAAAGGAGAAUCAACAAUUAUUGCCUUAAAGAAGCACGUGAGCAGUCAUUUUUAAAACCUCUUUAGUUCACAUUUGUAAUUUUUUAUAAAUCCUUAAGGAUUGUGGCUUUUAUAAGCUUGAUGCAACCAGAUCUCGUAACAUUUCGACUUUAAUCUGGUAACAUUUCGACUUUAUUUUCGUAACAUUUCGAGUUUAUGCUCGUAACAUUUCGAGUUUAUGCUCGUAACAUUUCGACUUUAUUUUCGUAACAUUUCGAGUUUAUGCUCGUAACAUUUCCAAUUUAAUCUCGUAACAUUUCGACUUUAUUCUCGAAAUCUUUUUUUUUUUUUACGUGGUAGCCUACUAAAACGCCGUCGUAUAGAUGUGCUGCUCUUUGCUGCCUCCCUGAAUUUUUUCUCCCUCUCCUGAAUCCGCCUCUUUUAAGUUGGUAUCUUGGCUUCAAACAAUACCCAAAAUAGUGAUAGCAUUUAGGCAUUUAACCUUUUUGGAUAAAAUAAUUCAUGUGAUGCAUUACUUCCAUCAUUCAUUCUUCUUGCUAAAACGAAAUGUGAGAAACUAACUAUCAGCAAAAAAAUAGUAGCCUAUAUCUGUCUUAUUAUUUAGGCUAAACGUGGCAAACUCAGCGUGGAUUUAUGAAGAUUUUAUUUCAUUUAACAAAACUUGAUGAUGAUGAUCGUUCGUUUGUUAUACAUCACAAAUUCACCUUUUCUGACAACGUUGAGUCGUCUCACCCGACAACCGCGACACUCUCCUUUGUCCUUUGCCCUUCCUCUACUGACUUUCAUUUUCGGUGCCCGAAUAUUAAAGUGAAUGAGUCUUUGCGUUGUUGUUUUUUUAUCUAGGCCUACGUGAAUUUCUGCAUUCAUUGUACGAUUUAUUUUUUUAGGGCAACGUGAGUCGAGAAGGGCAUAUGGGCAGUUGCCCGAGCAACCCCCCUGUGCACGUCCCUGGGUUACAUGUAUAUAUUUAAAUUGGCCCGUUUAAUGUUUUAAUUUAAGGAACAGUCUGUUGCCACAAGUAAUAAUUUGGAACUGAAAAGAGGUUUUUACAAACAGUAGAUUACUUUUGAGGUGAGGUCUGUCAGUAAACAUAAGUAACAUUGUAAUUGCCUAUCUAAUUUGAUUGUAUGCUUUUAUUUCUUUAUCUAAAGGUUUUAUGCAUGUGUAACAUGUUGCACAUUUUUAUUUCUAUUUAUUUUAAUUGAGAUUUUCUUUUUAGAUUUUUUUCAACACUUUUCAUUUUUGUUCAAAUUUUAGAUUUGUUUGUGCUUUAACUGCAAUAUACUGAGCAAUGUUUAAUGUGAACAGAACAUCCUGAAUAAUGGGUGCAAAGGUUUCAGUCAAGAAUCACACUCCUUAUGGCUGGUACUUUGACACUCAGGACAGAAGAGGGUAUAAAUAUGUUGGUGCUGGCUGCACAGAUACUUAUGAAGAGAAGAAAUUAAUCCAUCGCUACAUCUACAUCAGAUAUGAAAAACACACAUGGGAUAGUUUUAGGUAUGAAUUUAACACCCAUAAAGGCGACACCUCUUUUAUCUUGAGGGAAACCUACGAACGUUCCCAAAUUCAGAUGCACUGCACCUCUGAGGGUGGCACUCAUUACUGUUCCAACUAUGGAAAAAUUGAAGACGAUGAAAGACAGAGACAGCAAGAAGAGGAGAAUAGACGUCUGGAACGUUUGCAACGUGAGCAAAGGAUUCAACAGGAGCUUGAUAGAGAAAGUGAAUCGUCCAGACAAAAGCUUUCUCGAGCAACCGAGCGCCUCCGUGAAAAACAGAGCUUUAGAGGUCACAAGCAACAUCAUGAACGCACACAAGCUCUCCAUCAGCAAAUAGAAGAUGAUGCUGAUGCGAUCGAGAGGGACGAGGUUUUUGAUGUUGAAGAAAAAUUCAAAGAGCUUCUGAUAGAGUAUCAGAUCACAGAAGACAAAGACAUACAGAACUAUCAGAUUUGGGAUAGGAUCAACACACUCCAGAACGAACUUACAGUUCAAUAUUGCAAAGAAAACAACCUGUCAUUAUGGUCUCAUGUCAUCUUUGAUGGUGCUUUAGGAUUCAAUGCACUGUCUCUUACUGAGCAGCUCACAGUUCUUGAAGCAUCUCUACAGUUAAUCCUGCACAAGAGCACUGAAGAUGCUAAAGAUUAUGAAGAUCAGCCGCUCGGCUGUGAGAAGAAGUAUGACUAUCUCUUGGGUUUGGUGGAGCAACUUCAUGCCACCAAUCCAACUUUGGCAGAACGCAUUUUAUUAAAUGUACUUGACAAGAUUUCAGAGAUUAACCCACAAGGUAGGGAAAUUUUAGGUCAACUAUUGUUUAACAGAAUUUGGACACCAACAGAAAUAAUGCUUUUCAUUUGCAAAAGUCCGGAAAUCAAAUGCGAUCAACUCAAUUCAGUUCUCCACACAGCACAAACCUAUCACCUGAACUGCAUCCUCGUUCUCUCAGCUCUUAUGAAUGAAAACCCCUUAAUGUUUCUUCAAGAACAAAUAAGAAAUGACAAGGAAAAAGAUGCUGAUACAAUUGUCAAGGAACUUCGUGAAGAAAACUGCCCAGAAAAUGUCUUGGUUGUGUUAAAGGAAGUGCUUAGAUACAUGGAGUCUGAACUCCCAAAAUAUGAAUUGGUAGACCUAACCGAAGAACAAAUCAACAACUUGAAAAUGAAGAUAAAAUCUCUUAAUCUAUCAAACCCCGAUAUCAAAAAUUUGAAAGAUGUAUUAAUCGGAAUGUCAAUAGCAGUGCAAGACUGCUCAACGAUCAGUAAUGACAAUACAAAGAUUCAAGGUUUUUUUCCAAGACGUACACAACUAGCAUCGUUGCUUUUGCUCCUCCUGGCACAGCUGUCAGAAAAUAAAGGAUGUCUUCUGGAGAUCGGCACAGGUGAGGGCAAGUCCUGUAUCUUAGCCAUGUUUGCAACAAUUCUUGCCAUUCGUGGAACAAAAGUGGACAUUGUGACAAGUUCUCCAGUUCUUGCCCAACGAGACCAAGAAGAGUGGAAGACGUUUUUUGAAAUGUUUGGUGUCACCUCAUCUGUAGUACCUCCCCACUACUCAAGCGCCCAGUCACCAGAGGAACAAGAGAAACACCUUAAAGAUGCUUACACACAACAAAUUGUGUAUGGAACAGUGGGAGUCUUUGCAGCAGACAUACUUAAGCAGGAAUUUGAGAAGAGGACUACUCGCGAUACAAGGCAGUUUGAGCUUGUCAUAGUGGAUGAAGUGGACUACAUGACUUUGGACAAUGGAGUUCAAGUGACAUUCUUGUCUCAUGAAUCUGGUGGAUUUAGGCAUGUGGAGCAAGUGCUUUCCAACAUCUGGGCCAUGAUUUCUAGUUGUCAACCAGUAGAAAUGUUUGAAACGGGGGAGAUAAAAUGGGCGACAAGGAUACAGUACUUUCAUAAAGCUGUGACAGCAGCCGUUAUGGGACUGGAAACAUCCGAGAACUUUUCAGCAAAUGAGAUCUUGUUGCCUGGUAUGACUUUGGGAUUCUUCACCCAGGAGGAUGUUGAAAUGAUAAAUCAAGCUGAGAGCAAGAAAGAAAAUGAAGGUGAGGAUGGAAUGUCUAAAGCGCUAGCUGAAAUCAUGAAGAAAUUUGGAGUUACACAACAGUUUGAUCUUCUGAGUAUAUUUGAGGAGGUCUUGGAGAAAAGCACAGUGUUUAAGUGCUAUUCUUUAGAGAACAAGAAAGCCAAAAGUUUUGAAGCUCGGGAAAAACAAGGUGACCUUAAGGUUGAAAUGCUGCUGCUGGAAGGAGGACUGGCGUGCGAACUCAUGUCUGAGAAAUCACUCAUUGAUGCAACUGUAAGCACAAUAAAAAUGUCUAUCAAGUACUCAAGUAACUUCCAAACAGCCAAAGACUCCAACAACGUCACUGUCGUUCCUGUGUUCUUGAAAAACUACGUUGAGAAUCAGUUGCCAGUUUUUGUGGAGAAUGCACUUAAGGCUGUUCAGAUGUCACAGGGCCGAGAAUACAUGAUCGACACCUCAUCGGCCGCUGAAAGAGACGCUACUGCCAGUAAUGACAAACACGUGUAUAAUGCAGUUAUUCCAGUGGACUUCAAAGCAAGCGGUGUGUUGGAGAAAAACAAGAAAUGGGGUAAUGGUCUGCAGCAGUUUUUGGAGUUCAAGCACCAGCUUGCCAUUUCACCGAUAUCCAACGUGACAAACUACAUGUCCAAUUUUCAUUUUUUCAAAAGAUACCUCAGUGGGAGUGGUAUAUUUGGUGUUUCUGGUACAUUAGGAGGUAAGGCAGACCGAGACUUUCUGUCAAGACACUAUGAAGCAAAGAGCUACAAUGUACCUGCACAUCGUCAUAAAAGAAUGGUGGAGCUUCCAGUCAACCAGGUGAAAGGUGGGAAUCACCAAUGGAUCCAGACAAUUUGUGAAACUACAUGGAAAGUAGCAGAGAGAGGACAAGUUGUCUUGGUGAUUUGUGAAGAUGUUAAAACAGCAAAUGAACUUCAUGGGAAAAUGCAAGAUGGAGGCCGAGUAAAAGCAGAACAGAUCACUCUGUACACAAUCAGUCAGAAGCACAACAUUGAAAUAGAGAAAUUCUGUGGUGGCAGAAUCAUCAUUGCGACAAAUCUCGGAGGACGAGGAACGGACAUAAAAGUGGAUGAAAGUGUGAACAAGCAGGGGGGUCUUUUUGUACUUCUUACUCACUUUCCUCACAACCGAAGAGUCGAGAAACAAAUAUUUGGUCGUACGUCUCGAAAAGGCAAUCCUGGGAUGGUCCAGAUGGUUGUGAACUGUGAUCAUCUCGCACCAGCUUACCAAGGUCAGUCAGUGGAAAUCAUGCGCCAGCUGAGAGAGCACUAUGAAAUUAAACGAAUCAUCGACAUGGAAAGUGAUGAGCUGGUUGAAAUAAACCUCAAGGAAAAUCUGUUCUCCACAUUCUGUAGAUUGCUGAAAGACUUUGAUGAACGAUACACUCAGGCAGAAAAACUGGAUCCCAUGAAAAUGAAGCUUGAGAGUCUUCCUGAUUGCUUUAAACGUUAUCAGGCUAAGUUUGAUUAUCAGCCUGGCGUGAAUGCUUUAAAAGAAUCUUGGGCCUUGUGGUUGACCCUACAUGAGGAUCACAUCAAUAGACACGAUGACUUCAGUCAACUUGAAGCAGAUCUUUUUGGGAAGAUAAAUGAAAUGAGUGAAAAGCUGCUGCGAGGAGAAUCCGAUAAUUUCUACGAUCACGUCAGACAGGCAAUUGUAAGAACCGAUCUACACUGCCAAAACAAAACCAACAAUUCCAAUGGAGCUGAAUUCUACUGGCAAAACGUUGUUACCUCUGACCCUCAUUACAAAGCUGUGGCACUCUAUAACCAGGCGUACAUCACCAUCAACCUUGGCAAGGGUGACUAUAAAGCAGAUGCAGGGAAACUGCUGGUAGAUGCAAAGAAAUCCAUUGAUGUCUACAUCUCAGAAGUCUCAAACACAAUGAUCUCAUGUAAUUUAUCAGUCACUGGUAACAAAGAUCAUAGCACAGCCUACAACAACUUUCAGAAUCAAAUGGACGCCAGAAUGAACAUCUUUAGAUGUUGGAUGAAUUACAUCGAUAAUGCUAUGCUGAAACUCGAGGAGCUGGAGAAAAGCAAAGAUGAUGCCAUUACAGAGGAGUGUUCGGUCUACAUGCUGUCUGAAGAAAAGAACUUCAUCAUCACAAAUGAGCUGAUGUCAUUGUACGACUACGGCCUAGGAAUUGUGUUUGAGGUGAAAAAGAAGCCCAAGUUUUGCAUUGACGCUUUGAUAUGUUUCAUACUCGGCAUGGUUCAGGUUCUCGCUGGAGUUCUUAUUUGUGCGUUUACGCUUGGAACAGCCAGUCAGUUUGGAAUGGGUCUGAUUUCUGAAGGAGUGUCUGACAUGAUCAGUGGAAUAGAGGGGAUGGUAAAGGGCACAUUCGAUUGGGUGUCGUGGGCGAUAUCCAAGAGCAUCAGCAUCGGGCUCGCUUUACUAACGGCUGGCUUUAGCACUAUCAAGAAAGCAGUUACCAGCGUAUAUAAGGUGACGAAAAGUCUCCUCAAUGGAACAAAAUCGUUCUCCUCUGUUGCAUCUGAAUUCAUCAAAUCAGGAAAGGCAGCAUUUACUUCAUUCAAAGGUAGCAUUCAGUCUGGUGUAUCAUCUGUCAGUAAGCAAUCUUUUAAGUCUGCUAUGAAAAACAUGACUACGUCUGGGGCACUCAGACAGAAUUUCAAACAUGCGAGUGCAUAUGCCAUUAAGGAAAUCGGGAAACAGUCUGUGAUCACUGCCAUGAACUACGCAAUUGAUGCCGCACUUACGGAAGUUUUUAAAAACAUUUUACAAAACAGUUUUAAGAAUGUUGUUACUUCCUCAGUGAAGCAGAACAGUAAACUGGAUCAGACUCUCGUUGAGUUCAUCAGCUCAGGCGUUCCAAAAGCUGCUUUGCAAAAAGAAAUUUUCAAGAUUGACCAGAAUUAUGAGAAACAAAUGAAGGAAUCAGUUGGUAUGCUCUGUGAAGAGAUAAUUCCUCAGCUCAUACUAGACUGUACCACAGCACAGGAAGUUAUCAGCAGACUCACUGAGGUGUGUAACGCUGCAACAGAGCUCAUGGAAAAAGCUAAACUGUCAGGUGUGCUUGAAGCAGCAAAGGUGGUUCUGAAAGUAGCCGAGUACUCAACACGCCUCUGUCAAAUAUUGGAUACCAUACAAACAAAAGAGCUAAUAGACGAGAAAUUUGUCCCUGAAUUACUGGAGAGCAUCAAUGAGCUUCAGACAGAAUUUAGCAAGUAUGACCAAGAUGGACGACACAAUUUAAUUGAUGUACAACGCCUUAAAGCAGAACUUCUACAGGAAAUCGCUCAUAAGGUUUCUGAGAAAUUCAUCAGUUCCUGUUCUGAACAAAUGACUUCUUUAAUGACCUGCACAUUUAAGACCGAGUUAAACAUUGCUGCAGGAAAGGCAGUGGACAAAGUCAUGCGGAGAAAUAAAACUCAACGUUUCUUUGAUGACCAGAGGGAAAAACACAACAAUAGAUCUGCCAGCCACAAAGAAGUGCAACAGCUAUCUGAUGAGGAUAAAACAAAACUAAAGCAGUAUACAGAAGAUAUAUGCAAAGCAGAUCAGCCCGCUACAGCCCUUGAUGUUUACGUGCUCACAAAAAGUAACCUGCUGGAUGGAAAAGGAAUUCAUAUUACUGUCGUUGAUGAAAAUGGAAAACAACUGACUGAGGAACAUCACCUGGGAACCAACAAAUCAGCAGGCGAUAUAAAACUGAGAUUAACCAAAUCUGCCAAAGACCAACAUGCAUUAAAAGCUGUGUCACAGCUGGACAGCGGCCGUUUUGACAUUGUACAGGAUGAUGGCAAGAUAAUCAGCAUCAACACAGAUGAUCAGAAUGCUCUUUAUCAUGCUGUAAUGCAUGCAACUGGCAGCAAGACAAAAGACCCGAAGAAGGAAGCUAUGAUGUUACGUGAGAAAGUGAAAAAUGAGGUCCUGGCAAACCUUGAAUCGUACAAACCUGUUCUGAUUCUCCAGAGAGGAUACGACACCUCAAACAAACACCCUAGUAAAUACAGCCUAACUGGAAGAGGUAAAAAGAGGACAAACACUGGACUGCAAGAAUAUUUCCAGAGCGUUAAAUUCAUCAAAAGUGAUGAACGCAUCCUCAUCAAAAUGUACCAUCUUGGAUUUGUUGGUGAAUAUAAAAGUGUUGUAACUGCUCGGAGGUUGAGUAAAAACACCACUGGGACACUCAACACCAGCCAUAUUCCACCCAAGGACUCCAUCAGACUAGUGCAGAUAUUCCUUGAAAAUCCAAAGUCAGCCAGCGAGUUUAAAAAUAAAAAUCUGGAGCUUUAUAAACUGAUCAGCAGCAUAAAGACUGACAAAAAUGGACAGAACCUGAUUGGCAUGGAGGUUCUGGGACAAGAUCACAGACAGGCUUUAACUACGGGUCCAAGCAGCCGGUCACAGAUGGCCAGGAAACUUCUAGCAGACACCAUGAUUAGUGGAGACAUGGAGCUUCUGCUGAAACGCUGCAUGAUUCUACAUCACCCGCUUACCUCACAAAAGCUCAGAUCUGCUAUAGGUGACAGCAUUCAGUCUCAGUGUCCCAUUUUGUCUGAUGAUGGUAUCCGAGGCUACUACAAAGCAGGAUACAAAAACCUGGUGUCAGAGUACAGCCGUAUGGGAAUCCUGGAUCAGAACCAGCGUGUGAGUCUUGAUAAGUGGGUGUCUCAGGAUAAGCAUGAGGAUACUGAUACUGUGGAGUAUGGACAGGUUCUGGAAGGAUUAAAGUGAAAGUGUCUUUGUUUUUUAACCUCGUUAUUCAAUUUCUUUAUUGCCUCAUUGUGAUGAUGAUGAUGGUAAUGACAACUAGAGAAUGUUAGAUGAUAAAUAAUUGAUUGAUUGAUAAAUGCCACAGAAAUGUGUGAUAAUAUGUUUGUAGGAACUAUGAAGGAGGAUAGAAUAUGAUCAUUUAAAACUCCAAAUCAGUCAAAAUGUCUAGAAAUAUUGUGUUCUGUUAAUUUUCGAUUUUCUGUUAAUUUUGUUCUGUUUUUACUUUGGCUUUCAUGAAAAUAAUAAUGUAUAAUUUUUUAUAAUAAUAUGCAAGCAAAAACAUGUCCAUAUUUCAAGCCUCUAAAUUAAACGUAAACAAAUUAAAUAUUUUUUAUAAUCAGUUGAGUACAAAUUUUACAUGCAUCAUAAAAUGGUUACUAAUCUACUUGAUACUUGUAUGGAUUGAUAUGUGUUAGUUUUAAAGCUGAAUUUAUUUUACAAUUAAAAAUUACUGGCUAUGUUAUGUUUGGAUAUAGUUCAAAAUUCUAUAAAUAAUAACUGUAGAUAAUUUGACAUUUUUAUUUUAUCAACAGACCUACAACAUUGCCAAAGCUUACAACCCAGUGUAUGUACUACACUGUAAAAAAACAUGUGAAAUCUACAGUAAUUCACUGUGUUCAUGCACUGGAAAUAAUGUAUUGGGGGUCACAGAGCAUUAAAGUAUAUUCAGUGAGAAAUUACAAUACUGAUCAAAUAUUGUGAAUAUCACAUUAGAGGAAAGUGCUAGAAAAAACGACUUUGUUAAGGUAACCAACACUGGCCUGUAGUAAAUCAAAACAAUCAAGCAUGAAUGUUCAUAGUUCUUUAUUAUAAAAGGUUUAAAUAAUUAAAUUAAAUAUUUUACCAGUUCACAGGUAUUACAGUUAGUCUUGGAAUUGAGAAACUUUUGUGUGAUAUUCAGGGCACCUCUGAAAUGGGACAUAAUCCAAAACUAAGUAUGGUCAUUAUUUAAGGAUACAAAUGUCUUGCACAAGCUUUUAAUAGCUUUUUUUCUCUUUUGAGUCUAGCACAACUAGACUUUAAACAUUGAACUGUUUUAUAAUCUUCUGUGAACUGAUAAUUAAAUAUUUUUGUGAAAAUAGA